UUCUGACCAAUUCAAUCAGUCAUCUGCUGACUCCCGCAAAAGCAAGUUCUUUGCAAGCUAUACCAAUAUGAUCCAAUACAUCGUUCUCGGUUUGGUGGCGGCCGCCGCUGCCAACGUCUACCAUGACGGUGCCUGCCCCGAAGUGAAGGUGGUCGACAACUUCGACUGGUCCAACUACGCCGGCAAGUGGUACGAAAUCGCCAGGUACAACAACGAAAUCGAGAAGUUCGCAAAGUGCGGAUGGGCUGAGUACACCGCUGACGGCAAGGGCGUCAAGGUCAAGAACUUCCACGUGAUCCACGGCAAGGAAUACAGCCAAGAGGGAUCUGCCUACCCCGUUGGCGAACCUAAGAUCGGCAAGAUCUACCACAAGCUCACUUUCGGAGGUGUUACAAGUGAGAACGUUUUCAACGUCCUCGCCACCGACAACAAGAACUUCAUCAUCGGAUACCACUGCAAGUACGACGAAGAGAAGAAGGGACACCAAGACUUCGCCUGGGUGCUGUCCAAAUCCAAGGUCCUUACCGGUGACGCCAAGACCGCCGUUGAGAACUACCUCGCUGGCUCCCCAGUCAUCGACAGCAGCAAACUUCUGUACAACGACUUCUCCGAAGAGGCUUGCAAAAUCUCCAAGUAGAUUAAAACAUAAUUAAUUAAUAAGUUUACAUACACAAAAUUUCCACCCCAUAAUCCCUAUUGAUUGUAACUAUUGCAAUGCUAUUUUAAAGGUAUUAAAUCUAAACUUAAUCAUCUGUGAUGUUUUGCAUCGUGUUGAGUCGGUUGAUUAAGCCAUAGAUCUGUAUUUACAUCGAGGGUACGUAGUUUAAGAUAGUUUAAUAAUUACAAAGCAGUUCCGCAAUAAAUGUGAUUAGCACUAAUACCA